AUGCCCGUCGGUAAAGAGGCGAACGCCCGUUCCCGGCCCGCUGAGGGCAGGCCGAGCGCACAGAGGAUGCACCAGGUGGCCCGCAGGCAGCCCGAGGAAGAGCCGCAGGGCAGCCUGAGCCAGGCCUCGUCCCGCCAAAGAAUCACCGUGCCACGGGUGCCCUACCAGCAGAGGUUUCACCCUGUUAUCAACCAGCAGACGGGCAGCCUGGGGCACCGAGUGGUGCUGCCCCGCAGCAGCGGCGCAACGCAGCAGCAGACGCUUCGUCUGCCACCAGUGGUGGCAAUGACACCCCUGCCACCGCCUCGCUCACAGACACCCAUGAGCAGCUCCCGCAGGCUGCCAACUGUGGCAAGGAGGCAGGAACCCCGCCAGCAGCCAGCGGCACAGCAGGAGCCACCACGCAGCAGGGCUGCCGGGACAAGCACAAGAACAGCCACUGUCCAGGCAGCCAAGAGCAGCAAGGCCCCUGCCACUCAGCCCACACUGAGAAACGCUGGGAGAGUGGCCGAGCACCUGCCAGCCAUGCUGACGACGGGCAGCAAGGACAGCCUCAACACCAGGUCGCUGGGGCUACACCACAAGGUGCUUCCACAGCGUCUGCCCCCGCUGCCCAGCAAGAUCAACCCUAGGGAGCAGCCAAAGGGGAGCUGCCUGCCCAGAGCUACUAAGGAGAAACUGGCACCUCUCCCUCCAGCGGCACCAGCACGAGCUUCCCAUGGCUUUGGCAAGCAGGAGCCCACAGCGCAGAGACAGAGACAGGCACCUGCCCCGCAGAGCGGCAGAGGAUUCAAGGCAGCUCUGCAGGUCACAGGCACAGGCAAAGAGAGGAAGCCUCUGCUCCCACCUGUGGCCGUGCCCCAGAAAACCAAGAAGAGGCAGGUGGAACAGAAGGACAUGACCAAAAGCCUGCCCGGGGCCAAGGUGGCAAUGCCACCUGCAACACUCAAGUCGCCUGGGGCAGCAAAGCCUCAGGGGGAGCACAGCAGAACCCUUGCCUGCCUGGCAGCGGACGAGGGGAAAGCUGCAGCUGCCCUGGCAGAGAUCCCUGGGGCAGAGGCUGUCACACCCCACCUUGCCCCCGCAGCACAUAAAGAAGGAGACGCCGCCGCUUCUCCUUUGCCUCAGGAUGCUCAGCACCCAGUGACUGAGGCACGUGCGGGCGGCACCACAGAUACCGAGGUGCAGGAAGGAGCUGCCUCCCCGGGGCUGCGUGUGGGAGGGAGAUUCCUGGUGCUCCCCAAGACAGAGGAGAGGAGAGCCGGCCUGCAUGGGCAGCUGGAUGGCCCUGAGGAGCGGGACCUCCAACACAGACACGAGGAACCGAGGGCUGGGAAGGAGCAGGAAGAGGAGGACCAAGGAAGGGAAGAGGACAGAGAACUGUCCCAGCUGCAGGAUGCCACCAACUGCAACAUCUGGAUCAAAGCCUCGAUCCUGGAGAUCUUCCAGCCCCCCGAUGUGGAUCCCCUGAAGGGGAACGACGAUGAAGGAGAAGCAGCAGCUUCUCCCUCAGCUCAUGACUCUGAUUGCCAGGUAAGCCACACGCAUCAGGCUGGCACCGGAGAUCCUGAGGUGCUGGAGGCAGACCCAGAUCCCCAGGGAUGUUUGGCAGGGACAUUGCUGGUGCCCCCUGUGCCAUCCCGCUGACAUUCCCUCCUUCCCCUGCCUGUGCUCUUGCUUCCCCGCCCCUCAAACUCCUCUCGAGCAAAGGCUGUGAAGGAGAGCAGCCUGUGAGGGACCUCCCUCCCAGUGAGCAGCCACCAGCAGCAGCCUUGGAACCCAAGGGGCGGGCUGAUGCACCAGCAGCCCUGGCGCAGGUCACGGGGCCACAGGGAGAAGGCAGCCCACAG